AUGAAGCUAUUAUUCGUCUCUGCUCUGCUUUUUACCUGCUCGUUGCUCUCCACACAUGCCGCACCCGCGCCAGCACCUAAUCCGACACCGGCAGAGGUCACACUCUAUGUUCCGACGCUUGACAACGACAUCGUCGCAGAUGCCGAGGUGCUUGUUAAAGGCACAGCAGGGACGGCCUACGCGUUCUCGAUUGUAUCCGGAACGGCCCCCGUCCAGACCGGAACGCUCAUCGAGGGCGCAGCGACGGCUGUUCUUCUCAUGGACGGCCCAAGCACGACGAUUCAGGCCGCGUGCUCUCUCGGAACGGGCGUUGCCUCUGCACAAAUUGGGUGCGGCAUGGUCUCGGGCUCUACCUCGACGUCCCCGAUUGCUGCAUCAAGGACCCAUAACGCUGUCUUUCGGGUGAAUGCGGCGAGUGCUCGUGUAGCGGAGCAGCAUCUUGCACAUGCUACGGCGGACCUCACUCGUGUUUGCACGGUUUUAAAUAAUCACAAGGUCUACCACCUCGUCUCCGAGCGACUGGUACAGCAAUACAAAGAAGACAUCGCCGACGAAAUCGAGCCCACCAUCAAAGAGCUCAUUUCACGGGCAGAGAAGGAUCUACAGGCACUGCACAAAGAGGCUCAGCGGCUUGAGGCGAAGCUACAUGCUCAGCAGUCGAGGGGGCCGAGCAAAGCCACUACGGCUACCGCGUCAUCGAGAACGUAUGGCCAGGGAAACGGAGCAAGGAGACUUCAUCCUUCUUCGCGGGCAGAAGAGACGGCGGUGAAGACUGAGAUACGGAGACAGCGGGGACUGGUCAAACAUCGCGAGCGCUUGGAAGCCGAGCUGCAGGAGUUGGAAGCCGAGCUCAAGAAACUAGAAGUGGAGUAA